AUGAACUCUAAACUACUAGAACGCGGCGCCGCGGAUGACGACAUCAUCAGCAGCCUUACCGACGACGUGCUCCUGCACAUCCUCAGCUUCGUGCCCACCACCGAGGACGCCGUCCGCACGAGAGCCCUCUCGCGGCGGUGGCGGCACGUCUGGCUCUGCCUCCCGGCCUUGGCCUUCUCCGACAUCGGUAAGAUACCAACAUCGGGUCUCGACGAGUUGAUCAACGCGGCGCUCGCUCACAGCCACGAUACCCUCACGAUCCGCAUCCAACAUCCUCGCCACAAGCUCCACGCAAACGCGUGGCUCCAGCAGGCGGCGGAGCGUGUGCAUGGAAAUAUCAGCCUCAGGCUGGAUGACUACAGCCCAAUAACAAUUGAGGACCGCCAAUGGCACUGGCACGGGUUUGGCAAUGUCGUCUUGGACCUUCCCUGCGGCGACGAUACGAGGACGGCCGCCAUGUCGUUCCGCUCGUUCCUACAAGAUGAUAAAAUGUUAACACUUAAACUCCCAGUGGCGCCGGCGGUGAACAGCUCGUUGACCGAGCUGGAGCUGUUUAAUAUUCGGCUGGACGGCGGCGGCCUCUCGGAUUUACUGUCCUUGUGCGGCCAGCUGCGAAGGCUUCUCCUACAUGUGUUUUGGGGGGUGGACGGCCCGGACCUCAAGAUAACCAGCAAGCUCCUCGAAGAGCUUGAUUUGGACUACAUCGACGGUAUAGUGCGUCUGGAGGUGUCGUGUCCCAAGCUCCGCCUGCUCCGCAUUAAAAGGCUCUUCCAGACGGAUAGCAAGCUGGUGGGUAGUUUUUGCACUCCCAGCCUCGAGGAGAUACACUAG